AUGUCACAAUCACGCGCUGCCACUAUCGAGCUUCAAGACCAUAACGCCUAUCCACACACAGGCGUGUCGCAGGGCAAAGCUCCCAACCGGCAAAUCAUAGAUAAUGGAGGCUCUGAUACGCUGAGUUCACGCGAGGAACCUUCUCUGCCCCGUGUCGAUGGAGGAAAGGAUGCCUGGUUGUUCCUGGCUGCUUGCUGGAUUGUCGAGGCAAUAACGUUCGGUUUUGGUUUCUCAUUCGGUAUUUUUCAGGAUUACUACAGCUCUCACAGGCCGUUCUCUGGCUCAAGCAGUAUUGCUGCCAUUGGUACAACUACUUCGGGGCUGUUGUACAUAGGAACACCAUUUGUCCUUACGAUCUGCCGCCUCUAUCCUCGAUGGACGCGAUGGUUUACCCUCAUCGGGCUGACCAUCUGCUCCCUUUCCAUGGCCCUGGGCUCAUUCUGCAACACCGUGCCCCAGCUCAUCGGGGUCCAGGGCGUUCUCUUUGGAAUGGGCGGGUGCAUUGCAUAUUGCCCCUCUACGUUAUACAUCGACGAGUGGUUCGACCGGCGCAAGGGCAUGGCCUACGGCAUCGUGUGGAGCGCCGCAGGUGCCGGAGGUGUGAUCCUCCCCCUGGCCCUCCAGGCCCUCCUCGAAAGCUUCGGCUUUCGGACCACGAUGCGGAUAUGGUCCGGCAUAAUAUUUGCGGGCGCCAUCCCCUUGACUUGGUUUGUCAAGCCCCGGCUGCCGGUCCUGGCGAGCCGUCACAAGACACCCCUUAGGAUGCGGUUCGCCCUCUCCAAACGGUUUGUCCUCUACCAGACGGCCAACGUGAUCGAGGCGACGGGGUACUUCCUCCCCGGUAUCUACCUCCCGACAUUCGCCCGCGAGACUGCUGGUACUUCGAACUUCAUGUCCGCGCUGACGCUUCUGCUGAUCAACGUCAGCUGCACGAUGGGCUUGGUGGCCAUGGGAUCCCUGAGCGACAGGCUCCAAGUCAAGACCUGCAUGCUCCUCUCCGCGGCAGGCGCGGCCGUAUCUGUCCUCGUGAUCUGGGGGCUUUCGGUUUCACUGCCUUCCAUAUACGUCUUUUGCGUCUUCUAUGGCCUGUUCGCCGGGUCCUGGUCGGCGACAUGGCCCGGGAUCAUGAGGGAGAUGGCCCGGAAUGGCGAGGCUGAUGGGUAUGGGCUGGUUGAUCCCGUCAUGGUCCAAGGGCAUCUCUGCGUGGGCAGGGGCCUUGGAAACGUGGUGUCUGGGCCGCUGAGUGCUGCUCUCAUAACAGGUUCGCCAUGGAAGGGGCAGGCCAGGGGGGCGUAUGGGUCGGGAUAUGGCUUGCUGAUCUUGUAUACGGGUGUCACGGCCGUGUUCGGUGUGGUCCCAUUUUUUGGGAAGUUGUUGGGACUCCUGUCUGAUACGUUCGAAGCCGUUUAUCUCGAAAUACGAAGUGCCCGCCCGCGCACUGCUAAGACGCAGAGCGAUGUGCUUAUCCAGCCCAACCUGAGUACCAGCCCAAACAUCAACGCAAGCAGAAUGUCAAGGCCUAUCCAAACAGAAGACCCGACAGACGAGGGCCCUCCAUACCGCUCAUUCGAGGAGCUUCGCCGCGACCCAAAUGUCGCCGUCUUCUUCUCUCACGCUGCCAAACGUCUCUUUUGGCCCCUCGACGGCGUCUUCCCCACCGCGCUCUCCGUGAUGAAGACGCCGCGCAGCACGGACGAUCUCGAGCCUUACUUCCAGCAGACCCUCGCCGGCGGUGACAUCUGGCACGAGAUCGCGCAGCUGCCCCUGACAGAGCCCAAGGUGUCGUCGAUCGAGGCGUCCGUCUCCGACCUGGACCAGUGGGAAUCCGACUGGGUGGCGUGGCAUGGGUACCACGAGGGAGAGCCGGCCGACCAGGAGUAUGUCACGUAUGGCGAGCUGAGCGAUGAAGAUCGGCCAUACGCGGAGGAGGCCAAGGAGGACGGCAGCUGGGAGGAAGACUCGGACACCGAGUUCCUCAUCCGGUGCUGCGGGCAGGAGCGACCCCUACGGAAAGGGGGCCAGAAGCUUGUGGUCACCCCGGCUGCAGACGGCCACUUUGUCACGGUGCAUGACUAUGUCAGCGGUGAGUCGACCUCGGGCAAGAGGUGA